AGAGCCACAGGGACACCCUCACGCUCCCCGCAAUGGACAUGAUAGGGGCUCCUUCCCGCAGAAAAGUGCUGGAAACGCGCACUGUCCGCUCCUCUCCAUCCACUGCCAUGAGAUCGCACUCGUGGUCUAAAUCCAAGCCGGCUAUCUCCAUCUCAUACAAGAGAACAACAAACGCGCCUGUAAGCAGGGCUUACAACUUCGCUGCGCUCUCGCCUCCGGACAGUUUGGAGCUCAGCUCCGCGCUGAACGGAGACCAUGUGCGCAGCAACGAGAAGGAGCAACUGCAAGGGCUUAACGACCGCUUUGCCAGUUACAUCGAUAAGGUGCGCUACCUGGAGGAGCAGAACAAACAGCUGGAAGCGGAGAUUCAGGCGCUACGGCAGCAAAAGCUGUCGCAGUCUCAGCUGAGCGAUACGUAUGAGCAAGAAAUCCGCGAGCUGCGCUCCACGCUGGAGCAGCUGAGCAGGGAGAAGGCGCAGAUUCUCCUGGAAACAGACCACGUCGAUGAGGAUCUUCAGCGGCUGAGGGAGCGAUACGAAGAAGAGGCGCGCUUAAGAGAGCAAUUGGAAUCCACCAUACGCAGCAUGAAAAAAGACAAAGACGGCUCUAUGGUGACGAAGAUGGAGUUGGAGAAGAAAGUCCAAACUCUCUUGGACGAGAUGGACUUCCUGCGCGACAACCACGAAGAGGAGGUCAACGAGCUUCUGACACAGCUGCAAGCCGCCCAGGUGCCUUUGGAGAGAAGAGAGUUCCAGAAGACUGACAUCACCUCCGCGCUGAGAGAGAUCCGCGCGCAGCUGGACGGCCUCUCCACGAAGAACCUAAAGCAGGCUGAAGACGUCUUCAAGUGUCGCUACGCCAUGCUGACCGAUGCGGCCGAGCAGAACAAGGACGCGAUAAAGUCCGUGCGGGACGAGAUCGCUGAUUAUCGUCGCCAGCUGCAAGCCAAGAACGUUGAGCUAGAGGCGCUGCGAGGCACCAAAGAGUCACUGGAGAGGCAGCUGAGCGAUAUCGAGGACCGACACAGUAACGAUAUAGGCAGCUAUCAGGAGAUGAUUUACCAGCUAGAAAAUGAUCUCAAGGCAACAAAGUGGGAGAUGACUCGCCAUCUCCGGGAAUAUCAGGAUCUGCUUAAUGUUAAGAUGGCGCUAGAUGCUGAAAUUGCUGCCUACAGGAAACUCCUAGAGGGUGAAGAAACUCGCUUCAAAACGUUCUCUGGAAGUGUUCCAAGUGCUGCAUUUACAUACAGCCAUUCCAAGGCCCCAAAAGUCCAGCAUAAAGUUGUGGAAAUCAUUGAGGAAAUUAAAGGGGAGAGUGACCUAGAUGACGAUUUGGCAGAUGUAGCAAAAGAGCUGUCAGUUGAGGCAGGUGGAGAAGAAGGACCUGAGGAUAAAGGUGAAGCAGUUGAGGGGGAUAUUGUGUUAUCCAGUGAAGCAAAACUUGGUGCUGAGCAGGGAGAUGACAAAGGUGAGAAAGUGGGAGAUGAAGGUGAGCAAGGGAGUGAGAAGGAAGAGGCAGUAGAGGCAGAAAAGGAAAAGGAGGAGGAGGAAGGUAUGGAGAAAGAAGAGGAGGUAGGAGAAGAAGAAGGUGGAGAUGAAGACGGUGCAGAAGAAGAGGAGGGACGAGAAGAAGAGGGAGACGAGCAAGAGGCAGAGGGUGAAGAGGAGGUAGAGGAGGCUGAAGUGAUUGAGGAAACAGAACUGAGCAGUAGAAAAGCUGAAACAACAAAAAGUGAGCCAGAAAAAGAAGGAAAAGAAGAGGAUAAGCACAGUGAUAAAGCAGAAGAAGAGGGAAAUGAGGAGGAAGAGGAAGGGAAAGAAUAUGAUGAAGAAAAGGGAGAGGAGAAGAAUGAAGAGCAGUCUGAACGAGACGAAGAAGAAAAAGAAGACGCACAAAAAGAGACAGGGGAGGAUGACCAAUCAAUGGGAGAAGGAGAGAAGACAAAUGACUCAGAAGUAAAGGAGAAGGAAAAACAAGAGUCAGUCCAGGCCGAUAAGAAGAGUAAUGGAGAGGAGGAGGGAGAAAAAAAACAGAAGAGUCCUGCUUCAGGAAGAGGAGAAGAAGAGAAGGCAGAAAAUGAGAGCCAGAUAAGCCCUUCCAAAGAGGAACCCAGCCCCAAAGAAGAGAUUCUUACUAGAACUGUAGAGACCAUCACCAAUGGAGACAAAGAGACCACAAAACCAGCCAACAAGCAAGAGAGCAAGGCAGAAAAAGAGCCUCAGGAAAAUAAGAAAGCCAUCAAAAAAGUAGAGAAAGCAACAAAGGAAGCUAAAGUGAAAGACUGAUUAUUGGUGAAAAUAUAUUCUAGUCAGCCUCACAAAUCAUAAUAACUUAAGCAAAAUAAUAAUACAGCAAAAUGUGAAAAGCCAGCAGAUACAGCUAGAUAAAAUUCUUGCAUGUGUGUUGUAUGAAAGGUUUGCAUGUGAGGUAAAAAUCCAGAAGCAUAACCAAGCCAGACAACACACCUGGCUUGCUUAAAUGAAACUGCUUUUGAAACUGUUGAUUGGAAAUUUGGACUAAUGAUGUGAGGUUUUUCAACAGUUGUUUGGUGCUACUACAUUAAUAAUAUCUGCAGAUGUCAUUCAAGCCAAAUCUGAAAAACCUUACAGUAUGAUCCUGAUAAUACCUUGCCUUAUGUCACAAUUCACUAACCACUUAAUGUUUUUGUUUGAAACAAUGCCACAAAAAUGGCCACAGCAUCUACAUACAUACAAGAAUACUGUGAAACUGUAAUCUAAAUUCAUUCAUACUAAGGUGGUGCACUUUGCUUUCUCACAAUGACUAAAGUCAAUAAAAGCUGUUCAAGUCUUCACCAUUUUGUUUCGUCCUGAUGAAAAAAUGAAGUAAUAAAAUUUCAUGAAACGCUGUAACC